AUGAUUCUCCCACAGCCAUUUCAGGACUGUAACGCAGAGAUAGCUGUGGCCACGGAUGUCACCUAUUGUCCUGUUCAGAGCUUGCAUCGGCCGAACUCAAUGUCAAUUGACGAUCCAGCGUCAGAUGUAGUUGUCGAUGUCGAUGUCGAUGUCGAUGUUAUACCUUCACAUCCUCUGGGAGUCAAACCGUCAGGCAAUGCCUUGACAGCUGUCCACAACAUCCGCCCAGCAAUUGGCUCCCUGACUGUCCUGUCAGAUGAGUUGAUCAUGCUACUGCUGGAAUGUCUGGACAGCACAUCUCUGUUGCGCUUGGGGGCAACUUGCAAAGCGCUGUAUGCGUUCACAAGGGCCGAGGAGCUGUGGAAGGCCCUCUUCAUUGAGAACCCUCCCAAAGGCUUCUCAUGGCGCGGCACCUGGCACGCAACAUAUCUUAACCUACCGGCCACCAAAAUCGCCUCACCAGACUGUUCACAUCUCUACGCCGACAUCCUCCACCGACCGUUUCACUGCGCUCACGUUUCCCUGUCAGCCUACACCACAAAUAUCCCUGCCUGCAACCAAAUCCCCCGCAUAAAAAACCUCACCCCAGCUGAAUUCCAAGAAUCUUGGACGAACAGACCUUUCAUCCUUACCGAGCCCGUGAAGUCAUGGCCGGCCUACAGGGACUGGUCCACAGAGCAUUUGCUGAAACGGUAUGGGAACAUAACAUUCCGCGCGGAAACGGUCGACUGGCCUUUGAAGACCUACGUGGAGUACAUGAACAAUAACAUCGACGAGAGUCCCCUGUACCUCUUCGAUCGUAGCUUCGUCGAGAAAAUGAACUUGUCGACAGUCAGCACCACCACCACCAAACCCUCAGAAUCGGCUUACACUCCACCCACCCCCUUUGCAGAAGACCUCUUCUCCGUCCUCGGCCCCGACCGUCCAGAUCACCGCUGGCUAAUCAUCGGCCCCCCGCGCAGCGGCAGCACCUUCCACAAGGACCCCAACGCCACCAGCGCCUGGAACGCCGUCCUGCGCGGCUCGAAGUACUGGAUCAUGUUUCCAAGCAAUGCCGCUGGUACCAAUACCAAUGCCGGUGCAGGCGCAGGCGCAGGCGCAGGUGCAGGUCCAGCAUUGCCAUCGCCACCAGGAGUCUAUGUCUCGGCCGAUCACAGCGAGGUAACGUCGCCGCUUAGCAUUGCGGAGUGGUUUGUGGGCUUCCAUGGUGCGGCGCGGAGGAUGCAGGGGUGCGUUGAGGGGGUUUGCAGGGCGGGAGAGGUGUUGCAUGUGCCGUCUGGAUGGUGGCAUUUGGUUGUCAACUUGGAGGAGGAGGAGGGGCAUGGUGGAGAUGAUGGUGACGAUGGUGGUCGUGGUGAUCGUGCUGUAAUAGCCAUUACGCAAAAUUUCGUCCCGCGGGGACAUCUUGUGGAUGUUCUUGGGUUCUUGAGUGGGAAGAAGGAACAGGUUUCGGGGUUUCGGGAUGGAGUUGAGGAUCCAUUUGGAUUAUUUAUAGAGAGGUUGAGGGGGGUUGAGCCGGACUUGGUGGAGGAGGCGUUGAGGGAGCUGGAAAGAGAGAAGGAGGGUAGGAAGAGGAAAUGGGAUGAGGUUGUUAAGGGUCCUGUGCAUGGGGAUGGUGAGGGUGAAGGUGAGACUUGUGGGGGGGUUGCGUUUAGUUUUGGAUUUGGAGAUGAUGGGAGUGAUAUUGAAGUUCCCUGA